UCCAAUUAGUUGGAAUUAAAUCUACGGUGUGUUCGGUCUACGGUUGGUCAGCGAUGUUGCGCCUCCUUUGGCUGUUGUCCGUCUGCUGGGCCCUCUGCUGGGCCGGCACCAUAUCGAGGGGUCAGCUGGUGCGCAUUCCCAUGCAGUGCCAGGCAUCGUUCACGGCCACCCGGCGGCAGCACCGAGCGGGCAAAACGUCCCUCUACGCCAAGUACAAUCUGGCCAAUAAGGAGGCGACGCAGCGCACCAGCGGGGCCAGUGAGCCGCUGGACAAUCGCUUGAACCUCGAGUAUGCCGGUCCCAUCAGCAUUGGCACCCCCCGCCAGCCAUUCAAUAUGCUGUUCGACACGGGAUCGGCCAAUCUGUGGGUGCCCAGUGCAGAGUGCGCGGCCAGGAAUGUGGCCUGCCAUCACCAUCAUCGCUACAAUGCCUCUGCCUCGAGCAGCCACGUGGCCGACGGACGGCGCUUCGCCAUCGCCUACAGCACCGGCAGUCUAUCGGGCAGGCUGGCCCAGGACACGGUCUCCAUUGGGCAGCUGGUGGUGCAGAAUCAAACGUUUGGCAUGGCCAUCCAUCAGCCCGGCUCCACCUUUGUGGACACCAACUUUGCGGGCAUUGUGGGCUUGGCCUUCCGUUCCAUUGCGGAGCAGCAGGCCACUCCGCUCUUCCAGAACAUGUGCGAUCAGGGCUUGGUGGACGAGUGCGUCUUCUCCUUCUACCUGAGGCGGAACGGCAGCGCCCAGCAGGGCGGAGAGCUGCUCUUCGGUGGCAUCGAUACAAGCAGAUUCACGCCGCCACUCACCUACGUGCCCCUCACCCAUGCCGACUACUGGCAGUUCCAGAUGCAGAGCGUGGAAAUCGAUGGCAAGACCAUCAGCCAGGGGCGUCAGGCCAUUGCGGAUACUGGCACCUCGCUGCUGGUGGCCCCGCCGCGAGAGUACCUGAUCAUCAACAGCCUCCUCGGGGGUCUGCCCACGGCCAGUGGCGAGUACCUGCUCCGCUGCUCGGACACCGAUCGCCUGCCGGAGAUUGUCUUCGUGAUUGGGGGCCAGCGCUUUGGCCUGCUGCCGAGGGACUACGUGAUGCAGGUGGCCAACGAUGAUGGCUCCGCGGUGUGUCUGUCAGCCUUCACAUUGAUGGACACGGAGUUCUGGAUUCUGGGCGAUGUCUUCAUCGGGCGCUACUACACGGCCUUCGAUGUGGCCCAGAGGCGAAUUGGCUUUGCCUCAGCCGCAUAAAUAACACGUUAUGACGUUUUGACAUUUUGUAGCCUGUAUUUCUAUUUCCUACAAAAUUUUGGCCAGAGAGAGAUAGUUAGAGAGAGAGAGGGUGUGUUCCGAAGAGAGUUGGGUUGGGUUGGUCAAUAGAGAGCAGCUAGAAACCAGUUUGCGGCUAAAACAGCUGACAAAGUCACGUUCAGGUUCGGCGAGCCCAUUGAAUAUAUUGGCCACGUUACUCAUUCACUUGGCUCUGGGGUAUAUUUGGUACACUGGGUUCCAUUACCCAUUACCCAUUACAUUUGUUAUCUGACAAAUACAUUAUUUUGCCACAAACUCGAGAAACAAUCGGUCAGAUAUUUUAUUAUUGAUUUCCAAUCACUGAGUAUCCCCCUCGGCGAGCCCUGCCUAUUGCUCCCCUAUAAAGUUUUUUUUUUGGUAUCACCUGAAACACAUGUAUAUAUGUAGAAGUCGCGG